GGCUGGCUGGUGGCAGAACAGCAGCUUCGGGGAAAUGAGGAGGCGGGAUGCACAUCGGGUGGAGGCAGAAGCACCCACGGCACCUCCAAAGGCACCCAUGGCACCUCCAAAAGCACGCAUGGCACCUCCAGAAGCACCCAUGGCACCUCCAAAGGCACCCAUGGCACCUCCAAAGGCACCCAUGGCACCUCCAAAGGCACCCAUGGCACCUCCAAAAGCACCCACGGCACCUUCAAAAGCACCCAUGGCACCUCCAAAAGCACCCAUGGCACCUCCAAAGGCACCCAUGGCACCUCCAAAAGCACGCAUGGCACCUCCAAAGGCACCCAUGGCACCUCCAAAGGCACGCAUGGCACCUCCAAAGGCACCCAUGGCACCUCCAAAGGCACCCAUGGCACCUCCAAAAGCACGCAUGGCACCUUCAAAGGCACCCAUGGCACCUCCAAAGGCACCCAUGGCACCUCCAAAGGCACCCAUGGCACCUCCAAAGGCACCCACGGCACCUCCAAAAGCACCCAUGGCACCUCCAAAACAGCUGAGCUGGAGAGGACUCUGGUGGUGCAGGCAGCCCUGCCUGGAAGGAGCAAAAGGCUUCAGACACUUUAUAACCCUCUCAGCACAUCCUCUCUCUUCCAGCACUCACAGCUCCUGAUGGAAUUAGUCAGAGAUGUGCUGAGCACCUCUGUGAAUAAAGAGGUUUCUCCCCUUUACGGCAGGGUCACCAAAGGGAUCCCUGUCACACGCACAACCCUCCUGCACCUCCCGCGCUGCAUUCUUGUCGCCCUUCUCUCAACACUUCCAACGCUGCCCCAUCACGCUGCUCCGAGGCCCAAACACUCCAACAGAGACAUCUUCUCUCUGUUAUCUAGUCUGAUUUUUCAAAUGCCACUUCAGAUUCCCAUUUCACCGAAUGCAAAUAGCAUGAAUAAGCACUUCUUUUUUUUCUUUUUCUGGAGAAUAUCGUUUGUAGGAAAGCAUUUUCAUGGCAACUCUUAUUUAAUCUCCUUUUUUCCCCCAAGAUCAUACAAACGUUGAUCUCCAGUCUCAUCUGCUCAACUGUCACAUCCUCCCAUCCCACCGUUGCUCUAAUUGCACACUGCUGAGCCCCCUCGGCCGCCACAGUGUCCCUCGAUAAUGGCAGGAUCAGAACUGAAGGCAAAAAUCCUCUCCUUUGCAAAGCAGCGUUACAGCCUUUCAUUUCUGCUUUUGAUUCCUCCGCAGAACCGAGGCGAGGAAAGGACUGGCUUAUUUCUGACACAGUGAUGUUGCAUCACAGUCUCUUAUUCAGUCUGCUCUCACCCCACUGGAUUUUUGUUUGGUAUUUUUAACUCUAAACUUUCCAAGCAGCCACCUCCUGCUAGGUACUUGUUCCAACUGACAGCCCUACUUGGGAUAUAUAUAUAUUUACCACCUCACUGAGGAUAACAAGAUGUUCCUACCCUUUCCAAACACUGGGCAGUCUUGAUCCUCACAUAACGCCGGUUCUUUGCACCUUUGAUUUCACCUCAGCUUAAAAAUACACCAGGAAAAGACUCUGUCUCCUUAAAUUCACUAAUGAAAGUUACACAGAAAAGGCCUGGGUGCCAAAGGCUGCAGAACAUGAGAAGCACGCCUCAUCUGCAAGUUGAGCUGGGAACGGUGGCUCCACACAGGGGCAGAUGUUAAUUUGUUUAGCAUUUAGUGUGUUUGGGGUAUUUUGAGGGGCUAGGGGGGUUAUUCAGGACAAGAUUUCUUCUUUUUCAUUGUAUUUCUCUAUACAGCACUGCAUCAAAUGUCUCCAACUGAACUGCUGCACACCGCAGCCACUGCACUAUUCUCACCCAGCGAGAUAAAAAUGAUAACUGAGAACUCUGCCAGAUCUGUUUGCUAUGAUCAGCUCCUCCCCAGCCGUGGUAUAUCGGUCAGUAAACGCACUUUCUCCCCGCUCUAAGUGAAA